UGGGUGCUGUGAAGAGAACUGGGCAGAACACCAGAAUAUCAGAAGCAGUCAAUAACCAAGAGGCCAGAGAAACUCAAAGAACAAUCCAGAGGAGAUCGCUCACUGGGACCACAGGCAGUGCUUUCCCACCAAGAUGAUUUCUGCAAACUCCAGAACCAGGCAGCUAAAUGGCACCUGUAUCAGCUCAGUGGACAUGGAGCUCUUCCUCCAUUACUCCCUCAUCCCAUCACUUUUCAUCAUUUUGGUCUUGUCCUUUCUCCAAAGACGAGAGCACCGUAAGCAGAGAGAUGAUACUUCUCACCUCCUGGGGAACCGCUUUGGAAUCAUCAUACCUCUGGACUUUGUGGGCACCUUUAGUAACCGAUGGUCUUAUGGAAUCGCCUUUGGGGCCACAGCCAAUAAAGUCAUGUUCUUGUUCUCAGAAGGGUACCAGCCCUUACAUAUCCCUCAGUGGGCACAAGCCUUUGUACUUCUGAUUGGAGGCAUGGAAGUCGGCCUGUCUCACUUCCCCUUCUUUGCCUGCCUCUCGUCGGAGUUCCGGCUGGUCAGCUCCAUCCUUGGCUUCAGCUACUCUCUGAUCUGGUUUGCUGUCACCAUCCUUUACAUCAUACAGUGUCCCCAUGGGCAGUUUUUGGGGAAGUACGAGACCGUCAUGUUCUACUGGCCCUCACUGCUGUGCCUGGCCUUCCUGCUGGGCCGCUUCCUUCACAUGUUUGUCAAGUCGCUGAGGGUCCACCUGGGCUGGGAGCUGCAGAUGGAAGAAAAGCCUUUCCUGGAAGUUCACCAGGCGGAGCAUGUCAAGCGGCUCCUGAGGAGGGCCCCCCUGCAGGAGACUAAAAAGUCCUGGUUCCAAACCAGGGUGUAUGAGUGGGACCCCUGCUUUCAGUUCCCAAGCAGAAUGAUUGGAACCACUGUGUUGGCUUUCAUAUGCCUGUACCUUUUCAUUGUCAUUGAGUUCUGCAUGUUCAUGUAUGUGAGAGACGAGCUGGAUGUGUUUGAAGGGGAGCUGGAGAACUACAUCGCCUCCAUGAACCAGAUGGGGACCCUGACCCCUGUCAUCCUGCAGGUGAAAGAGCUGAUGAACGUCAGCAAAGGAGUCUGGCUGGUGACCAUCUUGCCCGCCUCCCUCACGUGUGUGAGCUAUCUGUUCCACAUACUGGCCUGUUACAGAAAGCACAUUAAGAGGCUGUGGGCAGGAAAUAAACACUUUCUCCCUUUGAAGUUCCAUCAUCCUUCCUCCUCGAAGAGUGUGGUGGCCAUUGCAAGGUACUCUGGCUGGCAAAUAGCCUAUAUUCUGUGGGGCUACCUCAUCAUCCACGUGGUACAGAGCCUGUGUGGCCUGAUGAUCAUGUACAGCCUGGUGUUGCCUGUCGUCCACAACCAGGGCCUGGAGAUGCUCCAAGGACUGGGCAUCGGGACCCUCACCAUAUCCAUCGUCCUGGGUCUCAUGAUCCUGCAGGUAUGGAUCGCCACCAGCUUCUUCCUGCAGCCAAAGAUGAGCACGGCUGACAAGCAGAAGCCCUUGGCUCUCAACAACAGGAAAGCCUUCCACAACUUCAACUACUUUCUGUUCUUCUACAACGUGCUCCUGGGCCUGGGCGCCUGCCUCUCCAGGCUGCUCAUCAGCUGCAUCCUGGGCACGUGGCUGAUUGCGCGCAUCGACAGGACCAUCAUGCAGAAUGGCUAUGAGGGUGCAGACAUGGGGUUCAGCGCCUGGAUUGGCAUGCUCUAUGUGGAUCAUUAUCAUACCAACCCUGUGCUCGUCAGCUUUUGUAACAUCCUGAUCACAGGGCACAGGGAGCGGAGGCUGCAGCAGGCCAUCAAAUACUGGUGCCUAAAUCAGUCAGCAGGCCAUUCCAGGAUGACUGCUCCAGAGAGGACCCGGGCUACCCAGCCGCUGUCCCCUGCAUUGUGACAGGAUGCACAGUCACUGUCCACUGCAUACAGCACCAGACACUCGUGGAUGGCACCUGGGCUGAACCAUGAAGUCUCAGCCCUAAUAAUUCACUCCCCUGGUAAAAAGCUCAAGAACUAAAGAGAAUUUCUGUUGAACAAUCUUUUCUCAAUGAUUUCCACUAUCGAUGGUUAGGAGGCAGCCUUGGGGAGUUCCAUAUGGACAAACAGUUUGACCACAGGGCAGAACUUUGUGUCAAUGAAGAAUGUGGUAAAAUGGCUAUCUAUACCAGGAGAGUUUAACUAUUGGACACAGUUGUUCUCUGGGAGACAAUGUGGCCUUAAUCCAAUAGGAUCCUCAUUGCUCCCCCACUUUCCAGGCCUCCUGGUGGUGGGAGAGACCCCAGCCUCUAAUCCGGUAGUGUGAGCAGGCACACAUUGGGCUCUUCCUGCCAUGGCCACUGGGAUGGAGAACAGAUCAGAACUGACCUGGGUCUUGGGCACAAAGAAGAUAUACACAUCUGACGAGGAGGGGAUCCCCCAGGAAAGCUGCCUAUCUGCGGAGGCAGAGAUGGGGGUGUGCAGGCAUUCUCCUUGGAGGACAACAGAGCAAAGGAGUGGGAGCAGGAGAGCCCCAGGCAUGUUGGAGGAGGGGAGGCCUCUGGUGUUUGCAGUGCAGGGAAUCAGGGGUGGGUUAGACCACCUAGGGAGGCUCAGACUCCAGGCUGGGAGGCCUGGACAUUUCUCUGUGUGCAGAGGGCCCAGUGCUCACCCUGAGUCUUCAUACCCUCGUGUAAGGUCUCUGAUGGUUCAGGGCUUGUACAAAGUGACCAAAGUCAUGCAGCUUGUGCAAGUGCCAGGAGGACAUACCAACAGGGUAAGGGAAGUCCCCCAUCCACCUCAUGAGUCCCAGAGCCAUUGAAGUUCAGUAAUCACAUUAAGCAUCUACUGUAAACCUAGUCCUAUUGCUAGACGUGUCUGCCAGACUCAUCUCUUUUAAUUUAACCUUUGCGACUAGACUUUGUCACUCUGCUUUCAGAAACUGAGAAAACUGUGACUGGCGUGUCGGGAUCCCCACAUGACCACUUCCAGCUGUGUAACACCAGCUAAACUCCUUUGCCUUUCUGUGCUGCUUUUUCCUUAUGAAUAAAAAGGGCAAUACCUGGGCACCUGGGUGGGUCAGUUGGUUGUGCGUCCAACC